AUGGCCGACAAACUCACACUCGCGGUAUCCAACCGCGCCAAAUCUGGCACAAUCAAGAAGCUACCAGCAUCGAUCGACAUCACGACGUCGACCACCAUUGAGGAACUGCAGCAGAAGCUGGCCAAAGCUUCGGGCGUCAGGGACUACAACCGCAUUGGCAUCUUCGACCCAGUGACGCGCAAGAUCAUCCGGGACCGCCGCGCCGUGCUGGGUGCCCAGGAGAAUGUCGUGGCCUCCAAGGCCAUUCUGGUGCAGGAUCUUGGUGCUCAGGUUGGAUGGCGGACGGUGUACCUUAUCGAAUACGCAGGCCCGCUCCUCUUCCAUGGCCUAUUGUUCUACCUGCGUCCAAUCAUCCCGCUGCCGCAGGCCUUGAGCCGCGGCCAGACGGCGUCCCGCAGUGACCCGGUCACCGACAUCCAGCGGCUCGUUUACAUCCUGUUCCAGCUGCACUUCGUCAAGCGAGAGCUCGAGACGGCGUUUUUGCAUCGCUUCUCCGCCAACACCAUGCCCGCCCGCAACAUCGUCCGCAACUCGGCGUUUUACUGGCUCCUGGCCGGCUUUGCCUGCGCCUGGUCGCUCUACGCGCCCCUGUCGCCGUUCCGCGUGUCGUCCCAGUUCCCGGCGGCUUCCCCGCCGCGCUCCGGCUUUGGUUCGUCACCCCUCGACUAUGUCGGCAUCGCCCUGUACGUGUUUGGCCAGAUUGCCAACUUCUCGGUGCACUGGCACCUGGCGCAUCUGCGGUCGCCCGGCGGCACGGAGAAGAAGAUUCCCAACGCGUUUGGCAGCAGCCUGGUGACGGCGCCCAACUACAUGUUUGAGAUUCUCACGUGGUUGGGUGUGAUUCUGAUUUCGCGGGACAUCGUGGUGGUCAUUUUCAUCAGCGUGGGCAUGCUCUACAUGCGCAUGUGGUCGCGGGACAAGGAGCGGGCGCUGCGCCGUCUGUUCCCCGACAAGUACAAGAAGAAGAAGUACACCAUGUUUCCGGGCCUGAUCUAA